GUUUCUACUAACCUGCAGUCUGAAGUUUAUGCGUAUUUCAAGCUUCCAUCCAUUUCUUUUUGUAUAAAUUUACCUUUACAAUACAUGGCAGACGGGAUAAUAUUAAUCCACUUUGGAUGAUAUUUUAUAAUUUGCCAUAUCAGUGUAUUGUCAAACGCAGUAUUCUUUAAAUUUUGAGUUAUUUUACUUGUUAACGUAUAAAAACUAAACACACUUAAGGACAUACGGGAGUAAAUUAUAUUACCCGGUCUCCCCGAUCUAUUAAUUCUGUCACUGACGUCCGUUUUGUCAAAUCUCAAUUUUGUCGGAUACAAUUUCACAAGCUUUAAGAAACUUUUUGUAACAUUUAAUUAUAUUCGUCAAAUUUUUCACAAUGAAGUACAUGGAGGAAUUAACGCCAGAACAAAAAUUAGCUUACCAUAUCAAGAUUAUUCGAAGAUUUAGGGUUAUCAUCAAAUUAGUAAUAGCUAACCUAUUCUGGAUUAGUGAUGUCGGAGAUACACAAUUAACUUCGAACGUGAGGAAGAACAUUAGACUUUUAUUGAGAAGGAAAAUCGUCAAGAGCCCAUUGACUAUCAAAGAGAAGGCAAUUUUAAGUAAAUUGUCCGAAAAUAGAACCGCUGAAGAUAAAGCGUAUUUGUGUAAGGUUAUUAGCGGUCUUAAAUGCUUCAGAAAAUAUCCAACAAGCGUGAAAGUCAAACUGGCUGCUGUUACUUAUUUUGCAUACUAUGGACCUGGAAGGGUUAUUGUUAAACAAAGACACUUACCACAAGCGAUGUAUUACAUAGUAACUGGUGAGUGCAAAAUAUCAACGAACUACUAUAAUAAACUUCUGGAUGAAUGGGCAGUAGACGACAUAGGAAUUCUUCACCCUGGUAACAUGUUCGGCGAAGUAGCUUUAUUGCAUGGCACUCCCAGAAUGACCACCAUCACAACUCUGACGGACGUAGAAUUAUUGGUGAUCAAACGUGAAGAUUUUGAUUCGGUGCUUAAAGAAACAGUCAUGAAAGAAUGGGCCGAAUUGCGCCAAACUAUCGACAGCUUUCCAUUCUUUGACGUUUGGAAUCAUUUUAUCAAGACAGAAUGUAGCAUUGUGUCCAGAAUUAGGUCGUUCGAUCCGGAUGAAACUGUCUUAGGAGAUGGAGUGGGGUUGACUAAUUUUGUCCACUUUAUAGUUUCUGGUUCUUGUUACAUUUUGGAACAACUGAACGUUAAUUUUAUUAUAAAACAAGGAGUAGAAAUGUACGAGCUGCUACUUGGGGAGACUGAUAGGCCUGAAGAUGUACAGAGUGUGAACUAUUGCAGAAAAUAUCACCAUGAUGUACCUGAUACUGCGUCAGUGUCGUCGAAAGCUUCAAGAUUUUCUAGAGCUUCUAAGUACACAACAGUGUCUUCGAUGUCCCCAAGGCCAUCGACCCCAAAUAUUAAAGAUUCACAUCGAGAAACAGGUAGUUGGGUGUCUAGGAAAACGACUGUAUCGCAAAAACACAAAAUGGGAUUUCCUGACGAAAUAGAAUCAGAAAGAGAGUCACAUGAGUACAUACCUUCCCCCCCAUGUGGAGGACUAGCAGCCUUUUAUAUACCAAAAAUCAAAUUCGAAACCCAUUUCAUAAAAAUUUGCGAAUUUCCCAAAGGUGCUUGCUUUAAUAUCGGAGAGAAAUUUGUGCGAAGGCGCAUUAUCGCUUUAACUCCCCUGAAUUGCCUUUUAAUUCCUAAACAAUUCAUUGAUAUAAAUAAUAUAGGAUAUAUAUUUGAUGGUGUACGGUUUUUCUUAGAGAGUCACAUCCCGUCUACGGAAAAGGUAUUUAAACGUUUUGUACAGGAAUCGAAAUUUAAAAAAUACAGGAAGCGAUUGGUGAAAGAACUGCUUGAUUAUAAAAUGGUGAGAACGCACAAUUCUAUCAAUAAUAUCCCCUACAGCAUACGUUUACGAGAAGGACUUGAUACCGAAUAUUUUAAUACAAAUUAAAAUAGAUGUCAGUGUAAUUAGUGGAUGAAAAUUAUAUGUCUCUAUGUUCUAAUUUCGAUUUUUUUUAUUUCGAAUUUUUUAUUUUUGUCUUAAAUUCGAGAAACGCUUAUUUGGUGGUUCUAACCUUAUCUGAAUUAAGGCUCUAUAGACAAACUAGUAGCAUAAAGUAACGAUUUUAUUUUUGCGAAAAGCCAAAAAUGGAUGAAAAGUAUUGGGACGUUGAAUUUUAAGGUCAAAAUAUAUUGGUGUUACUUAAG